AUGGCAGGGUCAGAAGAUAAGGCCCUGGAGAAGACAGAUGAAAGAGGCUCCCAAUGCCAGUGCAUAAGCACUCAUUCCAAGUUCAUCCCUCCCAAGACUAUUCAGGAUGUGAGAUUAAGCCAAAGAGGACCUCACUGCAAACAUGUGGAAAUCAUAGCUACGCUGAGAGAUGGCAGGGAAGUGUGCGUGGAGCCCGCUGCGCCCUGGAUCCAGCUCGCUGUAAAGACUCUUCUGGCCAGGGCCAGCGACAAUGUUGAGUCACCAGUCAAAGAAAAGUAA